AUGAAUCUAGAAGAAUAUAUUGAUUCACACGUAUCAAGUAAUACUCUAGUAGAAAAUAUGAACAAUCUCGCAGAAAUGGCGAGUGGUAGCGACAUAAAGCAAAUACUAUACAGGCUGAAAACGAAGGAGCAAAAGAGCACUGGCUAUGUGAGCGCGUUUAUUUCUGCAUACAUUGAGGGAAUCCCAAACACCAACGAAAUAUCGUACAGGCGGUGCAACCUCCUCACCAGAAGCACCGAGUGCAAGUGCUGGCCCGGGGAGAAAAAAGCCAGCAAACAGGAGCACCUGGAAAACCUUUUUACGAUGCUAAGCAUGCACCGAAAGAACUCGCACUUCGUUAGAAUUCUUAUGGCGAAGGUUUUGGGCGUUUUCAGCACGAGCAUGAGCACAAGCACCAUAAUCAGCUAUCUGUACGGGAUGGACUCAGACCCAGAGUGUGCCGCCCUGAUUAUUGGCUACGUCCACUUGUACCACAGCCUGGGCCUGGACUAUGAAGCGUAUAGAGUCGCCCUGCUCCUCAACAAAAUAGCUGUGCAGAGCCAAAGCGUAGUCGCGAUGAAAUUGCUCAUUGUUGGGAAGUAUCUGAUGGGAAUUUCCAACUACAGGGCGUACAUCAACAGUGUAAAGAUAUUGCAGAGCCUGGGCGUAAAGGUCUCCCCGGACAAGGCCAUACUCGGGUACGAAAAAUACCAGAAAAUCAUCACAGACUACGACAAGCUUAUUGGAGGCGUGGGGAAGUCAAAGAAGGAGGUGAACACCGCACACAAAGUCAUUUUCCCUGUGAGUGCGGAAGAGAAGGCGCACUGGUCGUGGUACAUUCGCGCUGUCCAGAGCCUGGAAAACUCGGGGGAACCCGCGAGUGCUCCCUUGGAGGAGAGCAGCGAGGCAGACCCCGUUGACGUGCUGAUUGGAAGAGUCUCUUUCCUGCGCAGAAACAAGCUAAAGUACGCGCUCGUAGAGGGAAAAAUCUCCAUCGAGAAGGGAAACUCCAAGAGCACGUUUAUCGACUACAUUAACGAGCUGGACGAGGUGCACGCCCCCAAGCCCCUCCCCAGCGCUGCCAAGAGGGAGAGCGCAGAGAAAGUGCCCGAGCAGGCGGAGAAGAAGGCCGCAGAGAAGGCGGAGGAGGCUCCAGCAGCUGCCACGAAGAAGAAGACAAAAGAUCAGGUCAAGAUAAUAUUUGAGCAUAGAGAGUAUCUUUUCAGAAACAUGAUAAGAGCCUACAAAGAGGCAGAGUGUGCAGGCCUGGAAGAGCUGAAAGAAGACAGAACAGCAGAGCUCGCAGUGAUAAACAACAGGUUCAAGCGCGCAAAGGAGAGACAAAUGGCGAUUCUCCAGGUGGCUGUCGACAGCUACUGCGCAGUGGAAAGCCUCGCCGAAAAAAUCAGCCAGAGACUCGCCAUAAAGGCGAAGCAGGAGGCAGAGGCGGAGAAGGAGCGGGCAGCACAGGAGGCUGUGGAGGCAUACGAAGAGCCUGCAUACGAGCCUGCAGCUGCGCCUAAGCCGACGUGGGUUAAGAACCAGGCAGAGUACGCAGGAAAAACCUUCAGGAGCGAGCACGAAGAGAGGCCGAUUGCCCGCACGGAGAGCGCCCGGGAGAGGGAAGAAGAGGCCCCGCAGGACCUCACGUGGAGAAACAGAAGCUCAGAGCCGGCGCCAGAAGAAGCGAGUGAUCCGAACAUAUACAGGCCCCCCAGCAUGCACGCAAGCAGUUUUGUGGACUACACGCAGAGAGAAGGAAGCAGGCAAACGGGCAUCCCCGAGCGAGAGAGUAAGCUGCAUUGGGGGAAGACCCGGGCAGAAGAUAGCUCAAGCACCGCAGAGGAGCAGGGCAGAGAGUUCCGAAAGCGGCCCGAGAGACCGGAGCAGGAGGCCAGAAGGGACAGGAGAAGGCCCUCCGAAGCGCAAAGCACGGAGUUUAACUGGAAAAAAUAA